UCCAUCGGCCACUCAGCCAGACCCUGCCGUCUAACCCGCUCCGGCCCUGUUCGGUCAGGACACCCGUUAUACGGACUGACGGCCGCCCGCUCUGCCUGCCCCUCGCUGCCAGGAUGGAGGGGGCUCUGCGGCCUUCCCUUCUCUUGCUCCUGUUGGUUUCACAGCCCGGCGGGUCCGGCAGAGCUGGGGCAGGCGCGAUGGAGCUGAGCAGGAUUGUGGGGGGCUCCGUCACUUUCCCCCUGGGGAUCCCAGCAGAGCAAGUUAGAACUGCUGCCUGGACAGUAAACACAACGAGGAGUAUAGUAACUGUAGCAGCAGGAAACCCCCCCACUGUCAUUGUGUUAGACCCAUCCUACGAGGGACGCCUGAGAGUCCCCGAGAGCAACUCGCUUCAGAUCACCAGCCUGAGGAUGGAGGACACGGGCACCUACGGAGCUCAGAUCAGCACAGCUACAGGCACUUCCACCACCCACAGCGCUCAAAUCAGCACAGCUACAGGCAUCAUCCACAGAAACUACACGCUGCGCGUGUACGAGCAAGUACCGGAGCCAACUGUCCUCUGUGACCCAGUGACCUGUGUGACUGAAACCUGUAACUACAACCUGCGCUGCACCGUCGGGGAUGGAGGGGACAAUGUGACCUACAGCUGGACUCACACAGCAGGGGGCGCUGUGGUACCCAAUGGGGCCAUUCUGCCCAUCUCUCUGCGCCCCCGGGAUGCUCCCCUGGCCGUCACCUGCACAGCCCAGAACCCCGUCAGUAACAGCUCCACAACCGCCUCUGCAACGGGCCUUUGUGCAGCUCCCCCACCAGCCCCGGCCUCCUCGCUGUCCUACUGCCACCUCAAGGGGAUCGUCCUGCUGCUGGUGCUGGGAGCCCUGAGCGCCGGGAUCAUCGCGGUGCACGUCCUCCCCGGCAGGGAGCGGAGACGGGACUGAGAGCAGAGGAGCUGCCACUGCGCCUGCCAAUCCCGCCUGGGCGUUCCCAGCCCCCCAGCCCGAGGAUGCUCCGGGGGCCGCUCGCUCGCAGCUUCCGACGGGUGAAUGUCACUGAGUGGGAGGAGGGGAAGUAUCGGGUCCCUCUGUGGGGCGGGAGAUGUGGUGGAGAAUCCGCCCUGCUCAGUGGCGCCCUCUGGCAGCCGCCGGCAGCACAACAGGUGCGCCUGCCUCAGUUUCCUCCCAUCCACCUUCUGAAAAGACCCCAGUGUAUAACCGUACCCCUACCUGGGGCUCAUCUAUUGUCCCAGCGUGUAAAC